AUGGAGGGACCAGUGGAAGAUGGAAAAAAACAACCCUUUCCUCGUCACAGGAACUCUGUGGGAUAUCGUCGAGUUCCACCAUUUUUUAUAGAAAAAAACAAAGAUAGACCGGAGAAGCUUGAUUACAAGACGGCUGCAGACAAACUCACCAGGUGUUUGCGAGAUAUUGUGAGCACAUCAGUCAGUGCCGAUACGAUAAGGCAGGCAUUAAUUCUUCAGGAAAAGCUAAGUCGAGCUAAAAGAGAAGAAAUUAACAAAUCUUCAGAUAUGCAUGAGAAAUGUUAUCGACAUUUUAUAAUAGAGCUUACAUACGAAAUUAUUUUACUGCAAAAUAAGUUACAUGGACUACUACAGGCAACGCAGGAGAGUCAAAAUUAUGCAAGUACGUUAAAUCGCGGUGCCUUGAAUAGGCUAGAGGAUGUCAUUGAUUCAAAUAAGCAUAAGAGUGAACCUAUUGAUUUGAAGAGAAAGAUAUCUAAAUCAUCUAUAAGUGACCAUAAUAAUAAUGACAGAAAAAUAUUUACACAUGUAUUAUUUGCUUAG